GCGUCGGGCUGCCCGCCGGCGUGCGAGUGCAAGUGGCGCUCGGGCAAGGAGGCGGCGUGGUGCCGCAACGUGACGGCCGUGCCCGCCGGCCUGGACGCGGGCACGCAGCUGCUCGACCUCUCGGGCAACGCGCUGGCGCCGCUGGCGGCGCGCGCCUUCGUGUCGCGCGGGCUGGCCCACCUGCAGCGCCUGCACCUGGCGCGCUGCGGGCUGCGCGCGCUCGCCGCCGCCGCGCUCGCCGGGCUCGCCAACCUGGUGGAGCUGGACGUGAGCGGCAACCUGCUGCUGGCCGUGCCCUCGGCCGCCUUCCAGCCCGUGCCCGAGCUGCGCGAGCUGCGCCUCUCCGCCAACCCGCUCGACCGCCUGCCCGCGCGCGCCUUCCACCUGCUGCCCCGGCUCGUGCGCCUCGAGCUCUCCAACUGCCGCAUCAGCCGCAUCGACCCGCGAGCCUUCGAAGGUGUCGAGUCCUCUCUCGAAUGGCUGCGACUGGACGGCAACGAGCUGACCGGCACGGAGUCCGGGGUGUCGGCGCUGACGACGCUGCGCGCGCUGCACGGCCUGGCGCUGGCCGGCAACCCCUGGAACUGCAGCUGCGUGCUGCGGCCGCUGCGCAGCUGGCUCACCGAGCAGCGCGUGCCCCUGGGCGACGAACCGCCCGCGUGCCGCGAGCCGGCGAGGCUGCGGGGCCGCGCCUGGGACCGCCUGUCCGCCGACGACUUCGCCUGCCGGCCGCGGCCCGCGCCGCCGCCCCUCGUCAGCGCGCAGGAGGGCGGCGCCGCCCAGCUGCGCUGCCCCGUCAGCGCCGACCCGCCGCCCACCGUCAAGUGGCUGUGGCGCGGGCGGCCGCUCGUCAACAGGUCGUCGCCGGGCCGGUACGUGGUGAACGCGUCCGGGGGCGCGCUGACCGUGCUGCGGCUGGAGGCGUCGGACGCGGGCUCCUACCAAUGCGUGGGCGAGAACCGCGCGGGCCGCGCGCUGGGCGCCGUCACGCUGGAGGUUCGCCGGCGCGCCGCGGCGCCGCCCCCGGCCGCCGCGCUGUCGGGCCGCGUGCUGGCGGCCGGCGUCGCCGUCGCGGCGCUGCUGGUGCUGGCCGCAGGGCUGCUGGCCGCCUGCGCGCUGCACGGCGCACUCGCCAGGAAGCGCCGCCGCCGCCGGCACGAAGCCGCAGAGGGCGGCGGAGGCGGCGGCGGCGGCAGCUACGAGAAGAUAGAGCUCAACCACAAGCCGCCGUCGCCCAGGAUACUCAACCACCGCGAACAGGUGGGCACGGCCGAAACUGCAGUGGUGUCGCAUCCGCGGAUGCGCGAGUACCGCGGAGUGCCCGACACUGAUGACGAGGACGAAGACGUGGAGGACGAGGCCGGCUACGAGGAGGACGAGCAGGAGACGACCACGCCCUCCGCGGACCUCCACAUCCCGCGCAUCAACAGCUGGGACACGACGCCGAGCACGACGUCGAGCAGCUGGGUGCAGGUGCAGGGGCAGCUCAAGUCGCCGCCGCCGGCGCCGCUGUCCCCCGGGGGCGGCGCGGGGGCGGACAGCAGCCAGUCGCCGCUGCUGGGGGCGUCGCAGCUGUCUCUGCUGCAGCGCCAGCCGCCCCCCAGCCCGCCGUGCCCUGCGCGCGCCGCCGCCGACCUCGCGUCCUACGACUACCACGCACAGCAGCUGGAGCGCUUCCUCAUGGAGUACCGCAGCCUCCAGCGGCAGCUGUCGCGCAUGAAGAUGGCCGUGGACCGCCGCCGCGGACUGGGGCUUCUGGUACUGGACGCGACGGGGCGUCGGGACGCACGAAGAGAGGCAGCGUCUCCUGACGCUGCGUCGACGGCUGCUGAGUGGGCGCCGGACAAGGCGCUGCGGUGUCAGACUCCUUGGGGGUGCCCAAGGAAAGCGGCUGCAGGACAGGCUGCACAGCCACCGCUUGGGAAGGCGGCCCGGCUGAGGGGUCGACGUCCAUCAGCUCCGAAGGCGGUGGCGACUGAAGAGGGACCGCAGGCGACGGAGCGACCACCUGGGGCGCUCCCGGAUGAAGCUGCGCGGGAGGCAUCAACGGGACGGGCUGUCGGCGUGGUAGCGGCGACGGCUGCUGCUGCUGCCCUGGGGGCGGCAGCGAAGUCGGAAGGCGCGGCUGGAACCCGCCGCGGACCAAAUCUGUAG